CCCAGCAUUCUUCUGUUUUCUCUGUCAAUAUGUCUGAAAAAAGUUCUUAGACGGUAGAAUGGGUUCAUUUUACACUGAACCUUGCUAAGGCCCAGAUGAGUGGAGGCUUCUGCUCUUAGAGUUCAUCAGAAAACUUGCUCCAGGGGUUGGGGAUUUAGCUCAGUGGUAGAGCGCUUGCCUAGGAAGCACAAGGCCCUGGGUUCGGUCCCCAGCUCCGAAAAAAAGAACCAAAAAAGAAAACUUGCUCCAGUUCUUAAGGGUCAUUAGGCCACUGAAGCCUUGAUAGCAUAGUUUGGAACCCAAAAUUAGGGAUUCACAUUUAAUUGCCCCUUUGAUUUUUUUUUUUUUUUUUGAAAUAAGAGCCUGAUUUUGUAGUCCUCACUGGCCCGUAAUUCUCUCUAUAUAUCAGGCUGGCCUUGAACUCACAUAGCUCCAACUAUCUGCCCUGUGAGUACCGGGAUUAAAGGAAUGCACCACCAUACCUGGCUUUGGGUGUAAUUUUUGAGACAGGGUUGCAUAUAGCCCAGGCCAGCCCUAGACUUAUAUAGCUGUGGCUGUCUUUGACCUCCUGAUCCUCUCCCUCUCCCUCCCAAGUGUGGGCAUCACAGAUAUGCACCACCACUCCUGAGGGCUUGUUGGGCUUUUUUACUUAAAAAAAAAAAAAGUCCUAAUUAGUAGGGGACAGGGUCCUCUUAUAUGUCACCUUUAACUCAGUCUGAUCAUAAGUGCCAUGUUCCAGUGCUCACUGCUGAGCUUUCUAAUGACUGUUGGAGUCUGGGCACCCUUAAUCACAGCUUGGAAAGUGUAGAUUUGUUAGACCUCUUUGAUGUCAUGUGGGAUGUGGGGGUCUCGCAUUAAAAGCAAGUAUCUCAGACAAUAAUAUAGCACAUUGAGAGGUUCAGGGAAAGCAGAAAAACAACAGCGUAACUUUUAACUUUUAGAAAACUAUGAUUUUCAUGAGGAAAAUGAAAGGUUAGCUUGCCUAUCUGUGGGUUUUUUAUUUAUUUUAUGUAUAUGAAUGUUUUACCUGAAUGUCAUAUAUGUGCCUGCUGCACAGAAAGAUCAGAAGAAUGUGUCAAGGUUAUCUGAAGCCUUGGAACUAGUGAGUGCUAGGCUUGAACCCCCAAGAGUGAGAAGCACUCUGAACUGCUGAGCCAUCUCUCUAGCCCCAUCUGGUUUUUAAAAAAUACUUCUGCUAACAUUUUACAGUUUGUCCAUGAAAGAUCAAAGCAUGUUUCAGAAUUGUAACCUUCCUGCACGGAUUGCUUUGUUCCUAAGAGAGAAGAGGCGUGGUGGCGGUGGCUCACAGUCCCAGCACAGGGGAGGUGGAGGCAGGAAGGUCAGUACAUUUAAGGUCAUCCUUUAGCUGCCUAUUGAGUUCAAGGCUGGGGGCCAAGGAGAUGGCUCAGAGGGGACAAACACUUGCUACCCAAGCUCGAUGACCUGAGUGUGACCCCUGGAACCCACAGUGGAAGGAGAGAACUGACUCAGGAACGUUGUCCUCUGGUUUCCACACAGGAGCCAUAGCAUAAGCAUGCUUGCACUCAGGAACAGGGAUAGUGAUCAUAAUUAAGGGCCAGUGAGACAGCUCACUUGUCUUCACGUGGGUGAUCCCAAUCAAAUAACGGGAACCCUCGGGUGAAAGGAGACCACCAACUGACACUAGUUGUCCUCUAGUCUCCGUGUGCGCUAUCGAAUGCAUACAUAAAGUAAUAAAAUGUAAAAAUAAUUUAAUAAGAUCAUUCUUUUAAUUUAAAGAUGGUGACUAGAGAGAUGGCUCUGUGGUUAAAAGCACUGGGUGCUCUUCCACAGGAAUCCAGUUUUCCCAUUUGGCUGAAAACUGACUGUAACUCCAGUUCCAGGAGAUCUGAAACCCUCAUCUGGCCUCUGUGGGCACUAUACACACAUGUACAACUCACACCUAUAAACAUGCCCUUUUAAAUUAAAAGAAUGAAAUUAUUUAAAAUGCUUAUCUCAAUGGAAGAGCAUUUGCCUAGCAUGGGUAAGACCCUGAGUUCAGGUCUAGUCCCACAUGUAGACACUAAAUAAAUAAAAGUAGACCUGUAAAGAAAACAAACGAAGCUGGGCAGUGGUGGGGCACACUUUAAACCCCACACUUGGGAGGCAGAAGCAGGUGGAGCUCUGCAUUCAAGGCCAGCCUGGUCUACAGAGGGAGUUCCAAGACAGCCAGAACUACACAGAGAAACCCUGUCUCCAAAACAAAAGAAAAAGGACAAUAAGGGCAACCUGGACUGGGUGAGCCCCUGUCUCUAUGGGAGAGAGAGGAGGGCAUUGUGGAGAAUGAGAAAGGGUCUUAACUGUCAGGAGAAAAUUGGAAGGAGAUUCCUGAGGAAUGUCUUCUUUGUAGCUUCUGCUUCUCUCCCCAAAGCACAGAGGUAGAAAAGAUCCCUUCUUUGGAAACCUUGCCUACAAAAGUGGCAGUGGAUAGUAUUGUGACACAGUCCACUGGCGGAGUCCCCUCACUCCUAAGGACCCAUAAGCAGGAAGAAGUUCUGAAAAUCCCUAGGAACCAGAACUAGUUCAGACUCAAGCCCAUUUGCACAGUCUUAGGAAUAUGUUGAAAUAACUACGGUUUCUUCUCCUUAAACUUCAAUAGAAGUUUUUAACAUCUGUUCAGAUUUUAAAAUCUGAACACAUUUCCCUCCUAGGUGCCUACGUUACGUUUGCCUAGGGCAGCUGUUUCUGCUUAGGGCCACAAUUCCUUUUUUGUAGUUUUUUUCUUUAGUAUGCAUUGGUGUUCUGCUUGCAUGCAGGUCUGUGCGAGGGAGCCAUGACUGUCUUCAAUUGGUGAUGCAGGCAGCUGUGAGCUGCCAUGUGGGUGCUGGGAAUUGAACUCAGGACCUCUGGAAGAGCAGCCAGUACUCUUAACCACUGAGCCAUCUCUCUAGCCCCAGGAACCCAUUUCUUAAAGCAGUUUUCUAGGAAUGUUGGAGCACUCCUUUGCAAACUUCUGAAGCACUGUUUUAAAAUGGUCACUUCACACAGACAGUGCUGCCCAACUAUGGUUAAAUAUAUACAUAAGAGACUUUACACUUACCAAAGACUAAUUUAUUUUUUAAAUAAAGAUUCAAAAACUUGUCUGAUACAAAGAGAGUUCUGAUUAGAAUCAGAAUACUGUGUAUGCAUCCAGGGUAUGUAUGUGCACAUGUGUGGGUCGUUUACUUGUCUGCAACAGUGGAAACAGUUUCAGUUUCCUUUGCAAUCUCCAGGUGACAGACACCUCUUUUGCCAGUAGACACUGAUAAUCAAAGAAUACAUGGCUUGUCACACGAUGUGGCUCGUUGCCUAGGAACAGGGACAUCAGACUGUCCAGGAAUGUCUGUUAGCACUGCUCCCACCUUCCACCAUCUUUCAUUACCUCAUCUCUUCUUCCACAAUAGCUUGCUAGCCAAUGAAGCAAGUUCCUAUCGUAGUGAACAUUUGUUUUCUUUUUUUUUUUUUUACCCUGAUAACUUUAGAAUGAUUUCCUUACACUUCAGUAUGGGGAAAGAGAAACCCCUAUUGGUUCAGUCAAUAGAAAAAUCAUUUGAUGUCCUUAAAGGAGCAAAGGUAGGAUUUCUGAAAAUGGAGUAGCUUUGAGGCCUCUUCAGCCUUCACAUUAUCCCUUAGUUCCUUUCCUCCAUGUGGUUUUUGAAACACAAAGUCUGAGGCAGCUGGUGUACAUCAGAAAAAUAUCCUAAGUCAUGUGGGAUGCAGCUGGGCGCCCUGCUUUACAGCCGAUUGUGCAAGAGCUCUCUAGUCUACAAAUGCAGAAGUCAAAAUCCCUUCUCUCUGCCUUAUGUAAGUCCUUUAGCUGAUUUCCCAAGUAUGGCCUGUAUCAUAUCUGUAAAUAUCUGUAAAGUUCACACUAGAGAAUGUGACUGGUGACUUAGUUAUACUAGUUUGGUAAAAUCCUGCCCCACAUUAAUGAUUCAGAGUUUUGUUCAUAUUAAUGAUUAUUGGGUCUCUCUGCCCAGUGUUUGUAUUGAAAAUUAUUUCCUAACCAAUAAAGACUUGCUGAGGCAGCAUUCUAGAACCCCAGUAUUUGACCUGGCUGUUACGGUAACAGUGGAACACAGGGUUUUUUGCUUUCAGUUUUCCCCUACCCAGGCAGAAAAAAAUUCCAGAGCAGGAGUGGACCUAGAGCUCAGGGUUGGGUAUGAGGCUCCAGUUUGCUAGAUUGUUUGUGGGGUUUUACCUCAUCUGACACCCAUCCCAUAUUUCCUGUAGCCUGUUAGACCAGUGUAAAGAGCAGCCAAGGCAGCAAGACACUGACGAGGGUUUGGGCCACACAGAGGAAUCUCUAAGUUCUCGCCAUGGUCAGCCGCUCAUAGGAAAGCCAUAAGAAAGAGCAGAUGAGUGUAGAGAAGGAAGCUGGUGGGCCGAACAACAGAAGCAGUGCUCUCCUCUGGAUGCCAGCAAUGAGCUGUGUUAACAAUAGGGCUCUGUGCCCUUGGCAGUUGGAGAGAGGGAAACUACAUGACAUUGGGACUUGGGAGCUGUCCUGCCUCUAUCAGGCCAGCCAAAGUGAAUAGGGUCAGUGUUCCCUGCCUUCAUCUAUGCAGUCACAAAGGUGAAGAUGAUACUGGGAGCACAUUCCCUCCUGGGAGGCCUUGGCCUCAUGCCUCAGCAACUGUGGCAAGACGUGCUAAAUAACACCUUUGUUUGAGCCAGGGUUAUGCAUUGUCAACAAUUUCAUGCCAAGUCUAGGUGGUUUCAGCUCAAGCAGCAAGGACGUGAACAUGGAGCAUCCCUCUGUGCAGCUCUGAAGUAGAGCCAAGCACUCUGCCUGCCUGUCAGAGCCUUAGAGCCUAAGAAGUUCACUGCUGGUGAGGGGGAUGGCCAGGAUUCCCGGAGUGGGAAGAUCUUCAACUUCGUCUUUGGACAACAAAGAAGACAGUGAAAGUGAUGUGGCCCUUCUUAGUCCCAAGGACCCUGACAGAGUACACACGAAGGAGCAGCUGGCACAUCCUGUGUCCUCCAACCUUGACCCAAGCAUGCAAGGCCUCCCUGCUGGGCUCAGCCUGGAUGAUUUCAUCCCUGGCCACCUCCGGGCCCAUAUAGGUGCAUCUUCCCGGGGGACAAGGUUUCAUGACCCUGCACCCAGGACUGUGUGCAACGGCUGUCCCCCGCCCAGGAGAGAUGGUUCCCAGCAUCCAGACCCAGCAUGGUAUCAGACCUGGCCAGGCCCUGGGAGUCAGCCCUCUGUGAGCCCUAAGCAGCCUGCCCCCCAGAAUGCCCAGAACUGGUCAGCCACAUGGACCAAGGACAGCAAGCGGCGGGACAAGCGCUGGGUGAAGUACGAGGGAAUCGGGCCCGUGGAUGAGAGCGGCAUGCCCAUUGCCCCCCGAUCAAGUGUCGACAGCCCCAGAGACUGGUAUCGGAGAAUGUUCCAGCAAAUUCACCGGAAAAUGCCAGACCUGCAGCUGGACUGGACCUUGGAAGACCCACCCAAAGUGGUUUCCUCACGUGCCUCUUCUGCAGACCCCAGGCAUCCAGGGCCCCAACAAAGACCUGCCUCCAGGCCUGGCACAACUGGGACUUCGAGCGGAAGAAACUGGAACCACUCUGAAGAGACAUCUAGAAAUACCUUGAACUAUAAUCUUGGACCAUCCUCAAGGCUUCAUGCCUCAAAUCAGGUGCCUAGACAUCGAGAGAAAGUAGAGAAUGUCUGGACAGAAGACUCCUGGAACCAGUUUCUGCACGAACUAGAAACUGGGCAUAAGCCCAAGAAAUCACUGGUGGAUGACCCUGUUGAGAAACCUGCACAGCCCAUUGAGGUCCUGCUAGAGAGAGAACUGGCCAAGCUGAGCGCAGAGCUGGACAAGGACCUGCGGGCCAUUGAGACCCGCCUGCCAUCCCCCAAGAACUCUCAGGCUCCACGACGGCCCCUUGAGCAGCCCGGCCCGGAGCAGCAGCCCUCCGCCCGACUGUCCUCAGCCUGGAGGCCCAACUCACCGCAUGCACCUUACUUCGGUUCCUCCCGACCCCUGAGCCCCCACAGAAUGGCAGAUGGAGGAGGAAGCCCCUUUCUGGGACGUAGAGAUUUUGUCUACCCUUCCUCAGCCCGAGAGCCUAGUGCCUCUGAAAGGGGUAGCAGCCCUGCGAGGAAGGAGGAGAAGAAGAGGAAGGCUGCCCGGCUCAAGUUUGACUUCCAGGCGCAGUCCCCCAAGGAGCUGACUCUGCAGAAGGGUGACAUUGUCUAUAUCCAUAAAGAAGUGGACAAGAACUGGCUGGAGGGGGAACACCAUGGCCGACUGGGCAUCUUCCCAGCUAAUUAUGUGGAGGUUCUGCCUGCAGAUGAGAUUCCCAAGCCCAUCAAGCCGCCCACAUACCAGGUGCUGGAGUAUGGAGAUGCUGUAGCCCAGUAUACCUUCAAGGGAGACCUGGAUGUGGAGCUGUCCUUCCGAAAGGGGGAACGCAUCUGCCUGAUCCGCAAAGUGAAUGAACAUUGGUACGAGGGGCGCAUCACGGGCACGGGACGCCAAGGCAUCUUCCCUGCCAGCUACGUGCAGAUAAACCGGGAGCCCCGGCUCAGGCUCUGCGACGAUAGUCCCCAGCUCCCUACAUCACCUCACCUGACAACCACUGCUCAUCUAGGCAGCCACUCCCAACCCUCCUCAAUACCUGUGGACCCCACUGACUGGGGAGGUCGGACCUCCCCCCGACGCUCUGCCUUCCCCUUCCCCAUCACCCUUCAGGAGCCCAGAUCCCAACCCCAGAGUCUCAGUACCCCUGGACCAACCCUGUCCCAUCCACGAGGCACCAGCCAUCCCACAAACCUGGGGUCCUCCUCCCUAAACACCACAGAGAUACACUGGACUCCGUACCGGGCCAUGUACCAGUACAGACCCCAGAAUGAAGAUGAGCUGGAACUUCGUGAGGGAGACCGUGUGGAUGUCAUGCAGCAGUGUGAUGAUGGCUGGUUUGUGGGUGUCUCCCGGAGAACUCAGAAAUUUGGGACAUUCCCUGGAAAUUAUGUAGCCCCGGUGUGAAUGGUCUCCAUGGCAGUAUGGAGCCAACGAGGAUCGGGUGGGGAGCAGUAGCACUAUGGGAGGGAGAGAGGCCCUCCAUAUCCUCCUCCCCCAGGACCUAUGCUCCCAGCUUCUGCAGAAACCCCAGCAACUUUUCCUCCAAGCCUCCUUGAAGUCCCCUGGACUGAUUCCCACCCGCAAGUCACAGGCAUUCCUUUGACAGCCCCCUUCACCGCCCCUCAAAUACAGACAUCUGCUUUCAUGUGGAGACUGUCUCCAGGCCUUAUUGAGACCAGACCCCCCCAAGCCUCCACCCCCCCCCCAGCAUUUCCCCUAAUGGGGACUGGCUCUCGCUUCACCCCCAUGGGGUUCCUCUAAUAAGGACCAGCCUCCUACCCUGGUGAAGACCAAAGGCCUCCUCCAGUUUCUCACCAGCUUGCCUGCUACCACUUUGCCUUCUGGCCUCCAGCUGGGCCUGCAAGCAAGGUGGGGAACACCUCCUCAGUCUUCAAGGCCUAGUGAGAGACUUUGCCUCAAGGCCUCAGGGCCUACUGGGCCCCUGGGUAGGGCCUCCACAUAUACCUUACCCACUGAGGCACACAACUGCCCUGGCCUAUCAGAAGAUUUAUUUACAGGGAGACAAGCUUGCUGUCCCAGUUCCCAGCUCUUCCCGGUGUCCUGGUCCCCUCUGGAAGAGAAUGUAAAAUAAACGUGGGCACCAGG